AUGACGUUCCCAUCCUCGGGCAGGUCUCCAUCAUCGAUCGAUCCGCUAUUGACAGAUGCUCAGGAUGACGUUUGGGAUUUACUGGAUAAGUAUGGCUGUUUCAUGAAACUGGAUCCGUUCUCAGGCGGUUUCCGGAAUAAAUCUGAGACUGACUCGGCAUUCCUUGAUAGUUGCCCAAGCAUGCCCCCAAUCGGCCAGGAUGGCGUUUUGAGUCCACAAUUGAGCCCCUACUAUUAUGAUGCAGCACCAGCCUCGGUGGGAGAUUCUUCCCGAACAGUCAAUCCCACCACUCAUGGCACUAUAACUAUCGACUGCACGCAUCCAGGGGCUGUAGGAAGCUGUGGAUGUAUGGUUCCCGGGCACAACGAAAUCAGCCAAAGUUACGCCGGUCCGCAGGAGUCCGAACUGGUGAAGCAGCUGUGUGACCUUACGAUGGCCCUCCAUCAGCAUCUGUCACAGACUGGUCACGCGUCGCCCUCGACACAGCAUGGCUCAGCAACCAUGGAUUCCAGCAGUACGUCUGGCAAAGAUUCCAGCCUAGUACCGGCUAACCUGGAAUUCGGGAAGCUUUUGGACAUGACCACUGAGCUCAAACGGCUGGCGACCCUUCUAGGUGCCAUCGGCAGCGGCGAAGACCAGAACCAGCCGCAGAGAGAGCAUCGGGCCACGGACCUGGUGGUGCUUAGUUGCUAUCUCAGGCUGGACUCGGCUUAUUCGUAUGCACUCAAUACUCUCCGCGAAGUGCAAAGCGGCGGCAGAUGCCUUACGGAUGCCGCCCCCUACAUGUCUUGUUCCGUGACCAUAGAUGGUUCACGAUUCAUUCCAUGCCAGGGUUUCCAACUCGGAUUUCUUAUCCACGCACUCGAAGUAUCUCAACACGAAGUUCAACAGACGAUCCAUGAACUAGAUUCGAAGUCGAGCGACGUUAACGCUCGGGCACCUCCUCUCCCUCAACAAUUAUGUUAA